AUGAAUGCAGUAAACGUUCUUAAUGAAAAAUCCGAUAUCCGAGCGUUGUAUUUUCCACAAUCGGACUUAACAUUAAGGCUUCCUUAUUUACUGGAAAAUGAUGAAUCUUUAAAAACAGAACUCACCCUUCUUAACUUGCGAACUUUGCCCAAUGAUUCUAUCACAUCAAGAAAUCCGAAAUAUCAGAUUGUUUCUGAAAGUGAUAAAUAUGUGAGAUUAGUCACUGAAAAAGGACAAGUUAUUUAUAAUCUUCGAUCACUUACGCAAACAGAUAGUUCAAGGACAAUCGUAAUUCAAGCUCAAGAAGAAAAAGAUAAAGCGACAAUGGAAAUAAAAAUCUUACCUGUCAAAGCAAUCGGAGGAAAGUUAAAUUGUACAGAAUUUACAAAAGAUAUGUGCUUUUGGAACGUAUCAAAGUAUAGAAUUUAUGAAAAUCAACUAGCGACUAUGCUUGGUAAAAUCAAUUCACCAGCUUUUAAAGCACUUUGUCCAACUUAUCAUGUGAUUCAAUAUGAACUACUAAACGGAACAGAAUACUUUCAGAUUAUAAAUGAAAGUUUUUAUUCGAAACCUCUAUUGGACAGAGACACUGUUGAUUAUCCCGGUGGACCGGGUGCUCAUGUGGAAGUCCAAGUUAAAUGUAUUAUACGAAAUGAGCAGUCUGGAGCAGAGUACACCCACGAAACUAAUCUUGAUAUCGACAUCCUGGAUUUGGACGACAAUCCACCUAUAGCGCAGAUUAGUAACAACGUCGAGAUAACGCUGCGAGAUUUUACGGCGAAUACAAGAUUAGAUGAAAAUGAUUUGAUGGUAAAGGAUGCUGAUUCGAAUGCAAGCAACACGUACACCGUUAAAAUAUUGGGAGACGUUCAUAAUGCAUUAUACAUUACAUACGAUGCUAUAUCCGUUGAUUAUACGAAUCCAGAAAUACCUCCGACAACUGCGAUUUACACUAGAGUAUUUUCGCGAACAACAUUACUUCCAAAGUCGCCUUAUAAAGUAAUUUUGCAAGUGACUGAUGAAUCUUUGAUCCCUGGAAAAGGCGAAAAAUCAAUAAAUAUCACAUUGUCUUUCAUCGGGCCACAGCAUCAUCUGACUUCAACGACAACGGCUACACCCCCGAAGAAGCCCAUUUCUUUUCCCACCAGUGUUACCAUAUCUCGGCUUUCUUUACAAUUUUUCCGAGUCACGCAACCGUCUUUUAAGCCACCUACAAAAUUUAACUUCAGUAUUUUGGACUCAAAAAUAUUUAAUGUCACCCCCAAAGGCGGUAUUAUUUAUGUCGCUAAUACUUCGUUACUGCAGACAGCACCUUCGAAAAUUCCUUUAACAAUUCAAUGGAGUACUCCGGGACACAAAUUAUUUACAGCCUCAUUGACAUUGUACAUACUGAAUCCAUCUACUAUACUUGUAAACGACAGCUGUGUAAAUCAAACAACAGCACUGCACUCGUGUGCAAAUGCCAUGGCACGAAAAUCGUGCGAGUCACAAUGCGGAAUUGGCGGUGGUUCAUUCAGUAAUUCCACAACAAGUGAGUGCAUUUGGAGAUCAAACAAUCCAGCUAAUUCAGCAAUAAUGACUGAACGAUAUGAAACAUGUACAGCAGAUUUAGUUCAUUGCCCGGACAACAUUUGCGAUGAAUUGGAACAUCUGGAUCCUCGGAUAUGUCCGCAAGACUGUACUAUUGAAUCGGAGGUGCACUUUGCUGAGAUGAAUCGAGGUGGCAGAGGCAUAAAAAGCGGUCUCGGUACGUGUUCAUGCAAUGAUAUGAUGCAGUGUACAUGUGGACCGGUGCAUUUCCGCAAAACGGGCAGCGAUGGUUCUGGAGCGACUGGAGCUUACGGAAGUGCCAAUAAAGAAGUAGCUAGGAUAAAAAAGGAGCGUCAAAAAGAGACAGCUAUAUCAGACGCUCAUAAAGGUAUUUGGCAUAGUUCUCCGAUUAUAAAACGUAUAAAACUCGAAAAAGAUGAAGAAUCUAAAAGAUUCUUUUAUUGUAAAGAUGUAGAGGCUGAAGUGAAACAAGAACUUUGCAAAAAAAUUAAAGAUGACCCAUGUGAUGAUUAUGUUGAUGCUAAAAAUACAAUCAGUCUAAUUUCUAAUAAUAAUAAUAAUAGUUGCAAAAAUGAAACCAUCAAUAGUCUCGAUGAAGAAAUUCACUUUUAUGACGAUGAGACACUUAUCAUCGAAGACUAUGGCGUAUUUUGUAAGGUUCGAAGUUGGGCAUCCAACGCUGGAGUUACUACUGAAGAUUUGAUGAAGCUUCUUGAUAUUCUGAGAAGAAACGGACAAGCUUCUCGUUUUAAUGCAUCGGCACUAUUAGAUGCCGAUGUAACGCAACCUGUUUUUCAAUCUUCCCCAAAUGAGUUUGAAAAAAAAAUUCUUGAAGAAUUAAAAAACAUAAAAAAAACUCAAGAAAAAACUCUGAAAAAAUUAACGAGUGUUUGCAAUAACCAAUCUAUUGAACAUACUCAAAAUGAUGAUGAUGAUGAUGAUGAUAUUCGUUGCAAAUGGUUCAGCGAGUAUAAUAUAUAUUUGCCAAUCAAUAAAAUAGAAACGUUCAAUCAAUUUGACAAGUUUUUGAUUGAAACAGAACAGUUUAGGACAAAAUUUAUGAGCUUCAUUGAUGUAAUUGUAAAACCAGAUAAAUGUUUAACAAUGUCUCGGAAAAUUGGCGCAGUACUUAAAAAAAUGAUGGUACGUGACGUAGUUAUACAAUUUACAAUGAUAAGACCUAAACCGGAUAGAACUGUUGUGUCCAAAACUAAAUACUACAAUUGUUUGUACGAUUACUUUUACUCAACUCAACUAGAAUUCAGUGAAAAAACCUUGCAGUCAGAAAGCAAAAGAAGAAAACCAAAGAAAAAUCAGAAUGAAACUAGUCAGAAAUAUUUCGCUAGCGCCUUUAGAGCUGCUAUUUCAAACGGCAAAUAUUGGGAUAAUCAUCGAGCAAAAAGACUAGCUUCGACAAACGUUUGUGGUCCGGGUUGUUUAAUUGGUGCUGCUGGAGCUAGUUUCUUUGUUCUCUUGGUUGUCGGAGCUUUUGUAAUGUGGAGAUAUAGAAGUAUUGGAAAAAAUUCAAGACGAGAGUGCAAGCACCGUUCAGAUGACAUGAAUAACGGACUUGGAAUCCUUCCAUUGGACUACUUAGACCGAGGUGAUGGACAUCUUAUAAGUAUAGAUUCAUUCGCUGCUACUAAUCGAAGUUUGCUUCUUCCUAAAUCAUCACCAGUAAGACCAACAACAGUCGCUGUAAAAACAUUGAAAGAAGAUGCCAGUGGCUCUGAACUUGCUGAUCUUCUUUCCGAAUAUCAACUUCUUAAAGAAGCACAGCAUCCAAAUGUAAUCAGGUUACUUGGCGCUUGUACAUCCCCUGGAGGUCCUGUUUAUUUGAUUAUCGAGUUUGCUGAGUUUGGAUCAUUGAGAUAUAAACUAAUGGUUUCAUGUUGGCACGAUGAACCUGGAAUGAGACCCUCAUUCAAAGAACUAACUUGUCAAUGGGAGCGUAUGCUUGAAGAUGGAGUUGAAUACCUUGAUUUAAAUCCACGGACUGUUCAUAAUCAAGCUUACUUUGCAUCACUUCAUGCUCUCGACAGUCCAACUAGUUCAAGCAACGAAGGAGUAAUCAGUGGUAACUUUAGUACUUUUCGGACUGAAGCAGUUAACUACCUCAGCAAACCAUCAGCAGAGCCUAUAACUAAGUGUGAUAAGAUCGAUAAACUUCAAGCUCUUUGGCAAGAUCCAAUUUGUAGCUUUCCAGCAGAACCAGUCAAAACGACUUAUGUCAAUGAAAGACCAGACAAUUUAAAUGUUAAUCACUACGAAAGUCCGAUAAAGUUACGCAGGGUAAGUGUGACGAGUAAUUGUGAAAAUAAUUUAAAAACUCCGACGAACGAACGGCCUCAAUCCUACAUUGACAUGCAGGGAAAAAAAUCCGAUAGCGAUAAUGAUCAAAAUAAUUUAUUGCUGUUCAAUAAUGUUCAUCUAAAUAAUGAUAAAAUAAAUAUAACAAAUGAUUUUACAAAAUAA